UGGCAGCCCGCGGCAGACUCGCAGCCCCACCGCGACAUGGCCGGCUGCCGCCUCCUGGGGCUGCUCCUCGCCUUCGCCGCGCUGCUGGGCGCAGGUCAUGGGGACAAGCUGGAUGACUUUGACCUAGAAGAUGCCCUGUAUGACCACACCACCAAGCGACCGACUCCCAUGGGCCCCAGGAAGCCGGCAGGUGAUACAGCAGGCUUUGAUUUGGCUGAUUACUUUGACACCAUUCCGGAGACUACCACCAAACCAGCCAAGCCGACUCCAAAGCCUUUCCCCAGGCCAGGAAAGCCAGACAACAGCUUUUGGGAUGUCAUCCGCACCACAACCAAGCAGCCAAAAACUACGAGGCCCCCCCCCAAACAUAACCCAGCAAAGAAUCCUAUGGAUUUUGACUUGGCUGAUGCCCUUGAUGAUAAGAACGAUGGGAAAGAUGCUGGGAGGCCGAACAUAAGGCCAGAUGAAGGGUUUUCAGACGAUGACCUGGCCAGCAUUGUGGAUGGCGGCUACAGCCCGGACAAGAAGAAAGGUAGCGGGGGCAAAACCGACAACGACUACAGUGGAAGCGCAGUGACAGAUACAGGGACAAUUGCUGGCAUUGCCAGCGGCCUGGCCAUGGCGCUCGUCGGGGCUGUCACCAGCUACAUCUCCUACCAGCAGAAGAAGUUCUGCUUCAGCAUCCAGCAGGGACUUAACUCGGAGUAUGUGAAAGGAGAAAACAUGGAAGCUGUUGUAAGCGAGGAACCCCAAGUCAAAUAUUCAGUCCUGCAAACGCAGUCAGCAGAACCACCGAAACAGGACAGUGCGAAGAUGUGAAGCAUGACCCAGGGCUAGAAAAGAAGCAGUCAGCAGCAAAUGGAGAUCUUACAUGUUUGUAAUUUAGCAUUUUAUUUAAUUUGACUCCAAAGCUAUUUAAUGUGUACUUAGGCUUGAACUGGCUUCUUAUUGCUCUAGGCUUUAGGGUUAGAGUGGUUGUGUGUGUUUAUUUUUUGUAAAGAAGUACGUGUUUACAUCAAAGUAAAUGGUGGGUUUGAUGUCCAGGUGAAUGCAAACCAGCAGAAGGUGCUCCAGCAGUGGCCAAUUUUAAAUGAACGGACAAGGUCUUUUCCAAGGAGCAGAGGAGCUUACAGGUGGGAGGCCAGUAAAGUGCCUGUGAAUAGCAAUCCAAAGGAAAUGAGUCAAAGUCUUUGUAAAGCACCUCCAGCCAAAUUCUGCUAUCAGCUAUGGGCAUGUUUCUUCCAGCUGCACAUUUCCUAAGGGUAGACUGUGGUCCUUAGUAUAGCUACAUCUAAAAAUGAAGUGCCUAUGGGUAGGUCCUCAGGUGAGGCCUCAGGCUGAGGCAGGUGACUGCCUGCUCCCAAGCCAGGAGUGGAGGAUGCUGUUCCACCACCCAGCACUGGGCUUCUAACCAAAUAAAAGGAACUGAUUUUCACACCAAGUCAUAAAUACAGCAGUGAGUGCUCACUUACAGCAAAUACCAUUGGAAUAUUUGACUAUGUUAGAGAUCAGAAUGGAGCUGAAGGUGCCAAGCAAUAUAGUUUGUCUGUGCGACGUGUCUACAUUGUCUCCAAAAUGGAAAAUGUGUGCGUUUGGAUGCUUUCACGAACAGGUUCAGACCUCACUAGAACAAAUGACAGAUUUAACCCCACAGAAAAUAAAUAAACAGAUUAGGUAUCUGUUAAGACCUGUGUGCUUGCUACCACAGAAAUCAAGCUUAGCAAGAUGCAGUCCCCCCAACCUUCUCCUGUUAUCAACAACUGUUGAGAGCACUCCGUGGCACCCAAAGCAGAAAAAGGACCUAAAGCGUUGUGUCACCAGCUACCCUUUAGAAAAGGCAGAAUCUCCUGAGAGGAUGGGUGCUCCCUCCAUCACUGUCCUGCAUGGGGCUCCUGCAGCUCUCUGGGAAGCAUUGGGUUGCGAGCAGCGCUCAGCAGGACACUGGGCUGCCAAGAGCACCCCAACCCCGUCUGCGUGCUCACACAACGUGGAACCAAUACAAAGACCUUUGCUAUCUUGCAAGAAUUUGGGUCUGUUUCUGAUCCUUCCCCUUGCCCUGCUAAAAUGUGGAUACUGCCACUUCUUGACACAUUUAUCCAAAGCAAUGAUUGUUUAAAAAGCAUGCUUCAAGUGAAGACAAAUUCACUGUACGUAGUGUAAGAGGUACUUACUAUUUGUAUAUAAACCUGAAAUGUGUGCAUUUUGUACUGUUCUGCCAGUCCCAUACUUUGUGAAUGUGUAUUAAACAAAAAGCCUUCUGGUUUGAUGUAGAAAUUCACAUCUUUCAGGUAGACACGACUUACUUACAGAAGGUCUUGGCAGGAGGUGGAUCAGCCUAGGAGCACUGCUGCCUAACAGCCCCAUUUGGAGGGAAAUUGCCUAGUAACAUGGUUAAGUAUUUUGCAAUAGCUGCACAACAAUUCUUUCUGCUCUUUUUAACACUUGCAUUUUUAAAGCCUUACACUAGCUCUAGCAGAACAACUGCAGUGUUUUAUAAGGGAGACAAUUCUAGUGUUGUGGUGUCUCAUGUAUUCAGACACUUGGGCUGCAACAGCACUGCUGUGAACUAUGGCUGCUUUGUUUUGAGUGUGUUUGGAUUAGAAAACAAAACUACUUCAUGAUGGCCUGCUCAGGGAGUGGAAGCAGAGGAAAUAGAGAAGAGAUGUGCUCCGUGUUUGCUUACUCCCAGAGGAUCUUCAUGGAGGAAGCGUGGUCUGCAGGACUGGGAUCAUCACAUGCAGGAGCUGAUGCUGAUGAAGCCACACAGCUGUUUGUGCAUCGCCAUUCCCAAGCACCAUCGCCUGUUUUUCUUUCUUAGCCAAGCACAUUUGACAGCUGUAGCAUGAAAAAGGUUUUUAGAAAGUUACUGUAGAUGAAGUGUCACAACUUGGCAUCGAGGAUCACUCAAAACAGUUGUCCUAGGUUAGAUCAAGUGACUAUAACUUCCUUUCUCCUUUUGCAGAUGACCGGUGUGUUGUCCUGUAGAUGCAGAUCAUGGGGUUUAUUGCAUUUCUAUUACUGUGCCCUCCCUGUUUGUCUAGUGGACAGUGCAAUCGAGUGUCCCAACAUUCCUUACAGCAUAUAGCACCCACCCAUCCUUUUGGAAGCUCUAGAACACUAGGACAUUGGAGCAGCAUGUGUCCAAUUCACAAAUACUGCAGUUUAGAGAAGAAAAAAAAAAGCCUAAUAAAAAGCUGUUUCACUGAAAAAACAACCCCAACAGAUUUUAGAACUAUGAAGCUGCUCCUUCCCCAAGGCCUUUUCUGUGAAUACAUACAGCUUUGUGUGAUUUCCAGGUAUGCAGAAAACCGUAAAUGCACAGUGACAGAGCACAAAGUCACAGUAGCAGAAUUCCAGGUCUCUUUCUCUGGGAUUUAAAAUAGGAAAAUAUUGGCAAAUACCACAAUAAAGAAAUUAAACUUGGUCUUCAGAACUAGAGGAAAGUCAAAGUCUUAGGAUGCCAAGUGUUAGCGAAGGCUCACACUGGUUCUUAUUGCAGUCUGCCUCCAUGCGAACUGUCAGUCACUGAGAUACAGGGUGUUUUAAAACACAUCAUCUGUAUUUUAAGCAUUGUAACAACUGAGAGGAUUCCUGUGUAUUUCCCUAGUAGUGAUCCAAGUUGGGAAAUAAGUGACCAAGCACUGACCUCUCUAACUGCUUCCACUUAACUGGUAUCCUUUCUAAAUCUGGAUAGGGAAUUUUUGCAAAUCCUGCCCUUAGGUUCUGUAUAUGUGAUAGGAACUUUCUCAUCCUUUGUUAAAAAAAGGCCAUAAAACACUGGAAAAGUGGUUUGUUGGUUGGA